AUGUGGCUGGAGUUAGGGUUCCUUCCGCGGGGGACCUGUGGACAGCUGGGCCGUUCUAUUGGUCUGCUCUGUGGGGCUCUGGGGCCUGGCCUCCACUGGUGGGGGUCUUGUGGGGGUUCUCAAGCCCCAAGGUUUCAUCAGGACGGGCCUGGCAGAAGAGGCCUGAGUGAGGAAGACAUUCGCAGGGCACGGGAGGCCCGGCCCAGGAAGACACCCCGGCCCCAGCUGAGUGACCGCUCCCGAGAACGCAAAGUGCCUGCCUCCCGCAUCAGCCGCUUGGCCAACUUUGGGGGACUGGCUGUGGGCCUGGGGCUGGGAGCACUGGCUGAGGUGGCCAAGAAGACUCUGCCAGGAGGAUAUCCACAGUCAGAGGCUGGCUCCCAGGCAGGCUCCAGCCCUUUCCUGUCGGAAGCCAACGCUGAACGCAUCGUGCAGACCUUGUGUGCUGUUCGGGGGGCCGCCCUCAAGGUUGGCCAAAUGCUCAGCAUCCAGGACAACAGCUUCAUCAGCCCCCAGAUCCAGCGCAUCUUCGAGCGGGUCCGCCAGAGUGCUGACUUCAUGCCCCGCUGGCAGAUGAUGAGAGUUCUUGAAGAGGAGCUUGGCAGGGACUGGCAGGCUAAGAUGGCCUCUUUGGAGGAAGUGCCCUUUGCCGCUGCCUCAAUCGGGCAGGUGCACCAGGGCAUGCUGAGGGAUGGGACGGAGGUAGCCGUGAAGAUCCAGUACCCUGGCGUCGCCCAGAGCAUCACGAGUGACAUCCAGAACCUGCUGGCGGUGCUCCGGAUGAGCACGGGCCUGCCGGAGGGCCUGUUUGCAGAGCAGAGUCUGCAGGCCUUGCAGCGGGAGCUGGCUUGGGAGUGUGACUACCGGCGUGAGGCAGCUUGUGCCCAAAACUUCAGGCAGCUGCUGGCAGAUGACCCCUUCUUCCGGGUGCCGGCUGUAAUUCAGGAGCUGUGCACCACACGGGUGCUGGGCAUGGAGCUAGCCAGAGGGAUCCCUCUGGACCAAUGCCAAAGCCUGAGCCAGGACAUCCGAAACCAGAUUUGCUUCCAGCUCCUGAGGCUGUGUCUGCGGGAGCUGUUUGAGUUCCGAUUCAUGCAGACGGACCCCAACUGGGCCAACUUCCUGUAUGAAACGUCCAGCCACCAGGUGACUCUGCUGGACUUUGGGGCAAGCCGGGAAUUUGGGACCGAAUUCACAGACCAUUACAUCGAGGUAGUGAAGGCUGCAGCUGAUGGGGACAGAGACCGGGUCCUGCAGAAAUCCCGAGACCUCAGAUUCCUCACCGGCUUUGAAACCGAGGCAUUCUCAGACGCCCACGCGGAGGCAGUGAUGAUCCUGGGGGAGCCUUUUGCCACGCCGAGCCCCUACGACUUUGGGGCAGGGGACGCUGCCCGCCGCGUGCAGGACCUCAUCCCCGUGCUGCUGCGGCACCGGCUGCGCCCACCCCCUGAGGAGACUUACGCCCUGCACCGAAAGCUGGCAGGGGCCUUCCUGGCCUGCGCCCGCCUGGGCGCCCGCAUUGACUGCCGGGACCUCUUCCAGGACACCUACGACCGCUACUGGGUGUCGCCAGAGAUAGCCACAGCCCACAGCCUGCUGACCAGAGGGAACCUCUGGCACCAAGAAGCCCCCGUGCCCCUCCCACAGCAGCCGCCAUCCCCUGUUCCUUCCCCCUUUACUCCGCGAUUCGGGAGGGAGGGGGGGCGCGGCGGCGGAGGCCAGAACCGCGGCCUGGUCCAGCCCGGCGCCCCCGCCCCCGAAGCCGCGACGGUCGUCCGGCGGCAGGCCGAUGGGCGGGGCCGGGGCGGGGAGCUGAGCAGGAGAGACUCUCCCCCACCCCCGCAACGGAAUCCUCUGGGGAGCGGAGCAGGCUCGCGCGUGUGCAUCCCGCACCAUCUCCCGGCCUCGGGCUCUGGCCCGCGUCAGACCAAGCUGCCGCCGCCUCCGCCGCCAGAGUAG